GGUUGCCACGCCCCCCCUUCCCCUCCGCUCGGUGCCGUUAUGGAGCCGGGACCGGGGGCGCAGGUGGUGCCCGGGUGCUGGGGCACGGUUGUCUGCGUGCUGACCGGCGCCUCCCGGGGCUUCGGGCGCAGCCUGGCGCGGCUGCUGGCCCCGCGGUUCGGCGAGGGCUCGGUGCUGAUGCUACUGGCGCGUUCGGCGGCGCCGCUGGCCGAGCUGGCGGCCGAGCUGCGGGACGGCGGCGGCACCGGGCUGCGGGUGGAGUGCGUGACCGCCGACCUGGGCUGCCAGCAGGGCCUGCGGACGGCGGUCGCUGCUCUGCGGGAGGUGCUGCCUGCCGCCCCUCCCGGCCGCCUCCUCCUCGUCAACAACGCCGGCUCCUUGGGAGAUAUCUCCAAAUCCUUCCUCGACCUCACUGACCCAGAUGAGAUCAACAGCUACUUUGCCUUCAAUGUCACCUCAGCGCUUUGCCUCACCUCUGCUGCCCUGCAAGCCUUUGAGAAGAGGCCUGGCUCGAGCAGGACGGUGGUGAACAUCUCCUCGCUCUGUGCCAUAAAGCCCUUCAAGAACUGGGCACUGUACUGCAGCGGGAAGGCUUCCCGGGACAUGAUGUUCCAGGUGCUGGCACUUGAGGAGCCUGAUGUCCGUGUCCUCAACUAUGCCCCAGGUCCCUUGGACACUGACAUGCAGCUCUUGGCCCGCACUAAGACCAGAGACCCUGAGAUGCGUCAAUAUUUCCAAAGCCUGCAGGAGAGCGGGCACCUGAUAGACUGCACCGUGUCAGCCCAAAAGCUGGUGAAUCUCCUGGAAGAGGACACCUUCAGCUCCGGUGCCCAUGUGGAUUUCUACGACAUCUGAGUUACUCUUUCCUCCUCCUUUGCCUUCCUGCUUUGCUUUCUGCUGAGCUGCAUUGGGUGCCUCCAGUGUGUUUGGCGACUGUGUUUGAGCCCUGGGUGCUCUUGAGCUUUCAAGAUCUCUGAGUGCCUUACAAAUAAUCCCAGUGCCCUGGUGAGCAUGGGGAAAGUUAUUGCUUUGCUGUGCUGUAGCCAUUGAGCCCUCCUGGGCACCUGCUGGCAGGAGCAGGGACUUCUUCGCUGCUGGGGAUAGGGGAGCCAAGGUGGCUUUUCCAAAGGAAUGGGCAUGGGGGCUUUAAGCUCUCCUGUGCAGGAGUGUGUGCAAGCCAAGAAGGUGCUGAGGCAUGCAAGGCCAGGUCAGAAAACCACUCCAGAAGGUCUCAAAAAAGUCAAGAGUAGAGUUAGAGCUGAGCAUCCCUGUGUCUGUCCUCUUUGCUCCCCAGGGGCUGUGUGCUCAGCACCCCAGCAAGUCACCAAAGGGCGAAAGAGCCAUUCCUGGGGCCAGAGGAUGUGACUGUCACUGCAGAGCCCUGACUGUCUGUCCCCUGUCUCACCAGUGACUUGUCCAGACUCUCCUGCAGUUCUGGGAUCGUCUCUGUGCAAGUUUUUGUGCAUUAAGAUGUGGAGCAAAGCCUGUCCCUGUGGUUUUUGCACAGAGGCAGUAAAUCACCAGGAGAGGGAGCUGGCUGUGGAGGAGAUGUGAACUUUGGGUGCCCGGUUGGGGUCACAGCUUGUAUAAACACGUGCACAAGCACAGCAUGGAUUAGAGCAAACUGAGACACAGCCCUGAGUUUGUCAUGCUUCUCUUCACAGGUUCUGGGUCCAAGCCUGAAUCUGGGGCUUGAGCCCCUCCUGGGUAGUUCUUUUAAUUGUUU